ACCGACUUCACCAACCCCUCCACCUUCAUCCUGCUGGGCAUUCCUGGCCUGGAGGCAGCUCACAUCUGGAUCUCCAUCCCCUUCUGCACCAUGUACGCAAUAGCUGUCUUGGGAAACAUCGCCAUCCUGUUCAUCGUGAGGAGGGAGCCGAGCCUCCAUGUGCCCAUGUACUAUUUCCUCUGCAUGCUGGCCGUCACCGACCUGGUCCUGUGCACGUCCACCCUGCCCAAAAUGCUGAGCAUCUUCUGGUUCAAUUCCAGGGAGAUCGAUUUCAAUGCCUGCCUCACCCAGAUGUACUUUGUUCAUUGCGUCUCAGUGAUAGAGUCUGGGAUAUUUUUGGCCAUGGCUUUGGAUCGCUACGUGGACAUCUGUGAUCCCCUGAGACAUUCCAUCAUACUGACAAAUCCCGUGGUGGCCAAGGUAAUCCUGGCCGUAGUGCUGCGUGGCAGCAUGAUCGUACUGCCCUAUCCCUUCCUGACGAGGCAGUGGCCAUAUUGCAGAACCAACAUCAUCCCCCAGUCGUACUGCGCGCAUAUAGCUGUGGUUAAGCUGGCCUGCGCCGACACCCGUGCCAAUAGUUACUACGGCCUCUUUGUGCUUUUCGGUGUGUUGGGUCUGGACGCGAUUUUUAUUGCCAUGACCUAUAUCCAGAUCCUCAGGGUCAUCUUCAGCCUCCCCACAAAGGAUGCCCGGCUCAAGACUUUUGGGACCUGCGGCUCCCACCUCUUUGUCAUUUUAGCCUUUUAUAUCCCAGGGCUCUUCUUCUCGCUCAUGUACAGAUUUGCCCAAAAUGUGCCCCUGCAUUUCCAAGUUCUCUUUCCCAACAUGUACCUCUUUAUUCCCCCCAUGCUAAACCCCAUCAUCUAUGGGAUGAGGACCAAACAGAUCCGGGACAGGCUGCUCCGG